ACCGGCUGAGCCGCGACUCCAUUGGUCGGAUCCAGCGCAGCCUCCUCCUGCUGAGCCUCGAUUCGCCGGUGCUGAGCGGGGGGCGUGGCCAAGGGGGCGUGGCCGCCCAGGUCCUGCACGGGGGCGGAGCCUGCGCCAACAGCGCCAACCGCUGGUUCGACAAGACGCUGCAGCUGGUGGUGGGUGAGGACGGGACGUGCGGCGCCGUGUUCGACCCGGCCGUGAUCGACGGCCCCGCGGUGGCCGAGAUGCUCGACCACGCCCUGGAGCACAG